GUGACACAGCCAGUAUGUUUGUCAUAAUUGUCAUAAUUGUUUAUGGCUCUUAACUGUCCGGGCUUCGAGUUUACUGAGAGGAGGUGAUCGUGAUCAGACGCAGAUGGACACUGUGUUUUGCGCAGCUCACUUGCCUUCUCCACACCACACAGUUUCUCUUCCUUCGUCGUCUGGGUUUUGAAGUGUUCGCAGAUCUGGGUGUUGCUGACUAAACAAACCGAGAGUGGAGUAAGACUGCUGUCAGACUGAGAGCAGAGAGACGCAUCUCGGAGCUGCGCUUGGAUACAGAAGAUCAACGCGGAUAAACCUGUUUGAGGAUGGAGGAGGAAGCGCCAGUCAAGUCGUCAGUAGCUCAGCUGGCUGGAAAACUCAAAGGUUAUGCGCUGCCAAUGCCAGGAAACAUGGAGGUGAUAUCUAUGAGAAGACCCCCAUGUUCAAUCGUGAUAAACGACCAAAAAGAUGAAGAACAUGACGAGAAGUCGUCUGUCUGUCCUCAUCCUCCUAAGAUGAAGAUAAAGAGUUCACCCCUCAUUGAAAAACUACAGGCCAAUCUUGCCCUCUCUCCAACUGUCCUGCUCUCCCCACCCAAAAGUCCAGAGUCCAAACAGCCGCCCACUGCCUUCAGUCCCAUCAGCCCCUGCAGCUCCACCCUGCAGCCCCCUCAGCUGUCCUGUGAAGAUGAGGCGCCAGUUAGCUUUGAGCAGCCGGUCGAGGGCACUCCACUGCUCAGCAUCAACAAGAGUCGAGCUAGGCUGUCUUUUAAGAGACGGCUGCCCACACGACAACACAGGAAGUCAGCAUGUGAGGAGACAAAAUGGAAUGAUGGAAACGAAUCUCCGUGUGAACCAGAUAGUCAACAGCAGAAUGGAGAGGAAGGGGAAUUGAUUGGUGGGCCUUCGCAGAAGGAUACAGAAGAUAAAAUAGACUCUGCUCAACCCCUCAAUGGCCCACAACAGGAUAAAGACAGGACAGAGCACAGAGAUGUACCCCAAGAAAAUGAGCCGGCCCAAGUAGUCCAUAUAGAAAAUAAAGAUGAAGGAACUGAAGGAGGAAAUGAACCUUCUGACUGUAAACAGGCCCAAAAAGAAGGGAAGGAGGAGACAGAAGAGGACAGGACAGAAGUGAAAGAGGACAAGGAAGUGCUGGAUGCAGAGAACAACCCAGAAUAGAAGUAAAAGGGUAAUGGUCAUCAAAUGUUUUGUUUUUUUGCCAAUAAGCAUUGAUUUAGCAACCUAGAAUAGUGAGAAGAUUAUUGCAGACAACAGUUGAAUUAUUGGAGUUUCUAACAAACGUUCAGGUCAACUAAUUGAAAACAGACUCCAUUAUAGAUAAAGAGGGACAAUGUCUGAAAGCCAGAAUUGAACCUCUUUUAAAACUGUGGAUUUAUGGACUUAAUAUUGCUAGAGCAAAUAUUACACAAAGGGUUAUAUGUUAUCAACACACUCAUUUAUAACUCUUUUAUGUUUUGGAGAAUUGGUGGUGAAUUUGUACAAUCUAAUUUGUAUGUUUUUGUACAAUCUCCUUGCACACCACUGCUGGUUAAGUUUAGAAACCAUUAAAUCAAACCCUGAGUUUCUAUUCAAACUCUUUAGGGUAUGUCUGAGUAAUUCAUAUGCCUCUAUCUUGCUUGCUUUUGCUUUUAAAUAAACGUAUGUUGAAUUCUUAUAUGCUGCUCAGAGAGUGAGAAAGCUGUCACCUUUGGAGAGCAUUCUCUAUCUUAAAAGUUCUAACCUUCACUCGAUCUGAAUAUUUUAUUUGAUUCAAUUUACAAAAUGACAAAUAUCACUGAAAAUAGGUGAUAUGUUUAUUGACUGUCAGUUAAUUAAAAAAUAUCUGACAUGCCUCUGUGACUGUCCUAGGCUCUGUUAACUGCAAAGGUUGGCUAGAAAUGAUCCGUAAACACUUCAGAAAUGCUUUAUCUUUCAUUCAUUAUGAGUGUUUAGGUUUUCUGACAUUAAGUUAGUUGAGAGUCUUGUGGAGAGGUUGUGUGGUUGUAAAAUCAUGAGUCACUAACUGCACUUUAUCACUGAUGGGUAAUGAAAUGCACAGGUUUGUUUUUGACAUCUUGCAGAAAAAUGAUAAAUAACAAGAUAAAUAAUACAAAGAACUAGUGGCAGAUAUUACAAAAGCCAAAUUCGCCAGCAGUCUCUUCCACUGCUGCUAUGCAAAGAUACUUUGAAAUGCCUGGAAUGUAUCACUGUGACUGCAAAGCUACUGUACUGCAUCAAUGACCUUUUACUUCCCAUAUAAGACUGAAUAAACAGCUUUAUUUACACUUA